GAACGUCCUGAACUGUCAUUUAAUUUUAACCCUACGUUGCGUUCAUGUAUUUUUAUUUAUUUUGCCACAACGAAGAUGGGCAGUUUUCUGGAUGAGAAAAUGCGAACAAUGAAUUCAUACGCAACAAAAUCGAGUGCUUCUUCUAAAGAAAUAAGAUGAAAAGGAUUGGCGAGUGGAGAUAAUUAAUAAUGUUGGUGUAAUUAAAUGCGUUUGUUACGCAAAAUCCUACUGAAACUGACAGUUGCUGUCGUCUUCGUAAUCAUUAUUUACUGUCUCCAAACUUCGAAUGGUAUUUACCGGAGUGUUAAUAAUUCAUCAGUGCAGAAUGUCACUGAGAAAGGCAGGUUUCCAUCCGCCUUAGCUGUGGGCAAUGAAUCCAGUGAUUAUGUCUUCCUCGAGACGAACACGAAACUCUUCAAUCUUUCGGACUAUUAUAAUGUCUGGUGCAUAUUUACUAAAGUUACGAGCAAUUCGCCAAUGAGGAGGAAAUUUAAAAUUUUUACCGAGUCUUUGCUCAGAUUAAGUUCAGUGGACAUAGUCUUCCACGUAAUCAUUGAUAGUACCAGUAAAAUUAUCGCCGAGAAAGUGAUACAAGUAGUUAAAUCUGUGACAAAAAAGAGCAUGAGGGUGGAAUUUUAUGACGUUCAUAAGCUGGCAUUUGAACUAGAAGACAUAGUGUCUGUUAUGUCGCCUCAUUUCAGUAGCAAACCAGGAACUUAUUACUCAGAUGCCCUCUUUUUUCUUUCCCUGGGCCUACACAGGAUAGCACCGCCGGAACAAAAUGUAGCAGUAAUGUUUGACGCCGAUACCAAAUUCAGAAGAGACGUCAAAGAAAUUUUCCGGGAAUUCGACAGCUUUGGAGAACAAGACUUAUUCGGUCUGGCCCCAGAAUUAACUCCUGUUUAUCGUCACGUUCUGUACCUCUAUAGAAGCAAAAAUCCAAAAACUACUUUCGGCGAGCCUGGUUAUUCCGGUGGUUACCCCGGUUACAACAGCGGAGUGAUACUCAUUAACUUAGACAGACUACGAAAAUCUCUUGAGUAUGAUCAAAUUAUCAGCAGAGAUAGUGUUGAGCACAUGGUUGAAAAAUAUCACUUCAAGGGUCAUCUAGGCGAUCAAGAUUUCUAUACACUUCUGGGAAUGGAACGACCAGAAUUCAUUCACACAAUUGAUUGUGGGUGGAACAGACAAUUGUGCACAUGGUGGCGAGAUCGUGGAUAUGCAGACGUCUUUGCCAAUUAUUCUCAAUGUGAUUCCGAAAUAAAAUUAUGGCAUGGGAAUUGCAACACGCCAAUUCCGGACGAUUAAGUAGGAAAGGGUAUUUACAAAAAGGUAUUAAAAUGGCACAAAAUUUCUUUAUUUUAACAGCUGUGAUCUGUUGUGAAAGGAUCUCUCUGUAUUCAGAGAGAAAAAGAGUUUAUGUUUCCCGAUGGAAAAAGAUCGUUAUGCAAUAAUAUUGUUAAAAUCUAAUUGUAUAAACUUAAUAAUGCCAUAAUUGUAAAUAUUGAAUAAUUCUUGUUAAGAACUAAUUUUGUUUGUAAGUAAGUUUGAUAGUUUUUGAAAAAUAAGUCAUGUCCGACUGUGCAGGACUUAAUGAAAUUCGACAUUGUUGGUUAGGGUGGUCCAAAAAAUCGAAUUUUCAUUUUUGGUGAUCGAUCUCCCACCGCAUUUGUUCGUUUUUCGGAAAAAUAAAUUCGCUAUUUUCUCCAAA